AUGGUUGCAGUAUUCGCGAGUGGCGGUGGCGCGGCAGUCGCUGUACCCCUUAUGGGACAAGCCGCGAGUGUCCAACUUGCGGUCGCGACCACUGCAUCCGAAGCUGCUUUCUCUGCUGCUGUCGCUGCCCAUGCGGCUGGUGCCGCUACCGCUGCGGAGAUGACCCUCGGUGCCGCUGUUGCUGCUGAAAGUGUUGCGACUGCUGCGGCAGGGGUCGCGGCUACCAACAUCUGGAACCCCGCUGGAUGGAUUCUCGGUGGCGUUCUUAUUGGAGCCAGUCAAUCCGCAACGGGACAGGCGGUGGCCGUGACCUGGGGCUGCUAUAAGCCUAUCUUCGGCGAAACUGAUUCCGACGACAAAACGACCAAGCCGAUUUCCUUUGCAGAGCUCACGGCGCAUCCUCAGGUUCGGAGCGUGUUCGUCGCUACGAGUUCUGCGUCUGCCGGCCUUCCUGACGUCGAGGUGGAAAACCAUGCCGGCGAACACUUCUUACUACGCGGGGUUGCUUUACCGUGGGGUUCAGCUGCGUACCAUGCCGACCGAAUCUAUGAACAUAGCGACAUUUCCAUGUCGGCAGCCAAGGGUGGAUCGAUUCAUGAUCUCUAG